AUGAUUGUAUUCGGUCGAGCUUUUUGGAAUAUUUAUCGAAAAAAAAUGGAAUAUUUUGAUGCUAUCAUUGUUAUUGUAUCAUUUGCAUUCGAUAUUUACUUUUUAUUAAAUGAAGAACGUGAAGAUAUGUUUAGUAAUCGAGCCAUAUUGAUCAUUUCACUUCGCCUAUGGCGCAUUAUUCGAAUCAUUAAUACUCAGUUUGUACGUGACGAAGAACAAUCGUCGAAGCAUCGCUUAAGCCAACAAUAUCUUGCUGUCGUACAACAACUCAUCGAUCUACUCAAAUACAAAACUGACUACAUCGAAGAACAGAAUGAAGAUGCCAGUUUACACUUUCACCAAAUGGAUAGUCAGUGUCAAGCAUAUCUUGAUCUAUUCAACAAAACAGAUCGUCAAUUUACUUCAUUCUAUGCUGUCAAACAGUUUGCUGAACAAAUGAAAACGCUUGAUUAUUCCAUGCGGAACCGGUCGACUCAAGAGUAG